AGGUGUGCGUUAGUGAGCGUGCUGUUGUGGAAGCUGUUGUGUAGUGCACUCCGUCUCCAGCGGCGCCCAGUGUAGCAUGAGGCGGUGUGAACAGGGUGCUCUGUAGGUAUUAACUGAGAUUCAACAGUGUUGCUUGAACCUCCUCUUAAGCCUCAGAAAAGGUGCUCAAAACCACUAAACCUUCUCCUUGAUUAAACUAUAGUGCGAGGGGGGAAUUAACAAGUGGAUGUACUACAGUUAGUGGAUCACCGGUGCUGUUGUGUGUGUGUGUGGAUCCGUGCGAGGUGGUCGACCAGUGAACACUUACACCAGUGUGUGUGUCUGUGAUACGUGUGCCUAGUUGCCUCAUUAGCCAUGUAAUAUGUGAGUAAGUCACAUGUGCGUGCCGCCAAGAAAGUGGUAGUUACUGCCUUUCCGGUGAAGUGGAUCGUAUGUGGCACGACCCCCCGGUGUAAAUUAUUUGUGGAGUUUGUGUAUUACGCCGGUGACUUGUGGUGUGUGUAGUGUGUUUGUGGGGGAAUGUGCGCGUGAUCCCGUGUGCGCAGAUUAUGUGUCGGAGGGCCUACGGGCUGCCAGGACCCCGGGACACCUGCUCCUCCUGCUGCUGCUGCAGGUGGAGGUGAUGACCCACACGGUGGAUCUGUCAGGGUGGUAAGCCCGCCACCACCACCACCACCACCACCACCACCACCACCAUGUAUGCCUACGCUGGAGCCUAUUCUGGGGCCUACAUGGGCGUGGGGUCCGGGGUAGGUGGUUUGUCAGGCGGGAGCAUGACGGCGCCCGCAGCCCACCACCACCAGGUGCUGGCCACGCCCACGCCCAUACCUGCAGCAGCAGCAGCCGCCGCUGCCGCCCACACCAUGACCGCCUCCCUCCCGCCCACCACCGUCAAGAGAAGGUCAGAUGAGGAGGAGAGCUCGGGGUCCAAAUAUGGCAGGAUGGAGUCGGCGGACGAUAACAUGCAGGACAAGGAACGAUUUGCCAGGGAGAACCACUGCGAGAUCGAGCGCAGGGAGAACCACUGUGAGAUCGAGCGGCGGCGACGCAACAAGAUGACGGCCUACAUCGCCGAGCUGAGCGACAUGGUGCCCACCUGCUCCGCCCUCGCCCGCAAGCCCGACAAGCUCACCAUCCUCCGCAUGGCUGUCGCCCACAUGAAGGCUCUCAGGGGUAUGGAGAUUGCCAACGGAAGUGGAAUGGGCACUGGAAAUACCAACACAGAUGGGACAUACAAACCAUCAUUCCUCACAGACCAAGAACUGAAACACUUAAUAUUAGAGGCAGCUGAUGGAUUUCUCUUUGUAGUAGCGUGUGACACUGGGAGAAUUAUCUAUGCAUCGGACUCCGUUACUCCGGUUCUCAAUCAGCCUCAGAGCGACUGGUUUGGGUCAAGCGUUUAUGAACAUGUUCACCCAGAAGACGUAGAAAAGGUCAGAGAACAGCUAAGCACACAGGAACCUGCUAAUCAAGGACGUAUAUUGGAUCUGAAAACUGGCACUGUAAAAAAGGAGGGUCACCAAUCAUCUAUGAGAUUGUGUAUGGGAUCCAGAAGAGGGUUUAUUUGUCGGAUGAAAGUAGGCACAGUUACCCCGGAGAACAUGAACUCUGGUCACCUGAACAGAUUACGACAAAGAAAUUCUUUAGGUCCUGCUAGCGAUGGACACAAUUAUGCAGUUGUCCAUUGCACAGGCUACAUAAAAAACUGGCCCCCAACUGGAGUUCAGAUGGAUCGUGAAGAGGAAGCACAUGGUUCCUCUCACUGCUGUCUGGUGGCAAUCGGUCGGCUUCAGGUUACCUCAACUCCCAACACAUCAGACCUCAUGGGAUCAAACUCUCAAAAUGAGUUUAUAUCUCGUCAUGCUAUGGAUGGAAAGUUCACCUUUGUUGACCAGCGUGUGAUGACUGUGUUGGGGUACUCUCCGCAGGAACUACUAGCCAAGCCUUGUUUUGAUUUUUUCCACCCAGAGGAUCAGACGCACAUGAAGGAAAGCUUUGAUCAAGUAUUGAAACUGAAAGGUCAAGUGAUGUCCGUUAUGUACCGUUUUCGAGGAAAGAAUCGAGAGUGGGUGUGGCUGCGAACAUCUGCGUUUGCCUUCCUCAACCCAUAUACUGAUGAUAUUGAAUACAUUGUUUGCACAAAUACAGCUGCCAAGACCAUGCAAGGUGGAAGUGAAAUGAGUGGUAGUGCCUCUGAACAGCAAGAAGUUAGCCCUCUAAACAGUCAGUACUCGACACACCAGCCGGGGAUUGAGUACUCCUUGCAACGGCAACGUGAGCUAUACCCGCACAUGAUCCAGCCACACAUCCACAAUUCAGGACGACCGAGCAGUACGCAAGGAGUGUAUAGCGGAUAUGAAGCGGGUGCGUCACCCUUGGCUAGCUACUCUCCAAGCACUCCACAGGCUACACCCCUCACAACCCAGGCAUCAUCCAGUAUUUCACGAAUCACGAAGUCGUCAUCACCACCUACAACUGCACACGCCACAACGUGGUCUAAUCCACAUAUAAGACAGGCUGAAGGAUAUAGCUAUACUAGCAGCAUGAGUCCAUCACGAUCUCCUUCAACUCCAUCAUAUACACCAUUAAGCUCUUCAAGUCGCUCGCUACCUUCAUACACAGCUCCGGCCUCCUCAGGAAUGUGGCAGUAUAGCAGUCUAGGUGCAGAGGGAGCAAGUGUAGGGCCAUCCACCAGCUCAGUUCACCCCGGCUCUGGCACUGGUCACCAAGGUGGAGGUGCACCAGGCACUCAACCCGAGCUCAACGACAUGUUGCAAAUCCUUGACCCGUCUGGCUCCACAAACUUUGAUGACCUAAACAUGUUUGGCACUAACUUUGAAUGAGAAGCAUUGCUUUUAGUGUUGCAUCCUAGGCCUGCUCAUCAUUUUUGAAGCACUUGGGUAGUAUGGCAAUGUUUAGGGCAAGUCUUGGCAUCCACCAUCCGAGAAUUUUUGUUGUAUCUCAGCAAGUGCCUCUGUGACAGCAUUAUCUAAUUUUCUGGUUACCAGUUAUUGAUAAUUUUGUAUGUAGUCACCUCUAUGAAGGUAUAAUGACAAAUUGUUUGUAAUUAGUAUAAAGUUCAAAUAAUGUUGGAUACUGAAGCUUGCCUAUCAGCGUUGCUGCCUGAGAAGCUCUUGUAAGUGGUACGACACCCAGUUUACCAGAGGACAUGGUUCACUGAGUGGAUAUUUAGGUGCUGGAUAAUGGAAGUGAAUACUGACAGGUUAUAGCCUUUAGCUAUUGUAUAGUGGGUGCACCACUUUCAGGACAUCUUGUGUUAUUAGGUCAUUCAACCUCUUUCAUAUAUGCAUUAAUUUCUUACAGUUUUUCUGUUCAUAUAGUAUUUUUGAAGGCAGUAUAUCAGUUGAGAAAAUCCAGCAUUUAUUGCUUAUACAGUAUUACCAUACAUAGUGCAACAUUUGGAAAAUAUUUGUUGUAAAAUAAUGUUUCAAUUGUUGUGCUGAUAAUCAAAUUGCAGUCUGCAAUUCUAAUUUUUAUUUGCUGGUAAUCAAAGUGUUUCGUCCUUUAUAGUUGUUACUCUUAUAUGGUCCCCUAAAAGGGGAACUAAUGAUUGAAUUAUUUUUUCAUGCUAUACUUUUAUCUUAAGAAUUUUUACCACACUGUAUAUUUAUGCACAUUUAGAAAGCUAGAGCUCAGGCACAUGUCCAGGAAUGUUAUGCAUUUAAUGAAGAAAGUGUAAGUGUCUCAGUGUUUACACAAGCUACUUCAAGUCUAGUGGUAACCUAGCGGUAUGACACGAGUCCUCAUUAAAGUGAUGUUUCCCUUCCUCCCCCACAUUGGAAUUUUCAAUUCUUGGAAUCAGUUAGAAGUAUAUUUUGUUUAUCAGUUUUCCUCAAGCACCAGGCAGGUCUUGUGUUUUGUAAAUGAGUCAUAAUGAAGGGAAAGAGUUGUUUCAAGUUCUCCUGCCUGCGUGUGUCAGGUCACGAGGAAGACGUUAGGGUGGUUAGGGACUUACUAAUUGUUUUUGUAUUUUUUUUAUACAUUACUGAACUAGGGUUUUGGGCACUAACAUAUGUCUUCAUUUUGAAAACGUAAAUUUUAUUUGAAUUUUUUUUAUAUUAAGUUGUUCAGGUGUUAUAUUUUGCAAUAUUAGAUGGAUUUUGAGAUUGUAAAUUUGAAUUUUCGAGUACAUUACUUUGUAAGUUGAAUAACAAUUAUCAAGUUAUUCUCUAAUUUUUGUGGUUUUCCAAGCCCUUAUUUUAUUGAGUGCUUGGUUUGUACAAUGACUUUGUAAUAUAUAUAUUUUGUCCUCUUAUGAUGUCAGUACAAGGUAUCUCAGUGCUCUGAGAAAACAUUUUGCACGACUGGUGCCCUCUCACCACUAUCUAUUUAAUUUUUUUACAUAUCAUUCUUAACUAGAGGGACACAGUUGACUUUUAGCCCAGUUUAGCAUUGGCCAUGGAUGUGAAAAUCUAUGGUUUUAUAAUAUUUAUAUAUUUUUUUAGGUACUUGCAUUUGCUUUAAUGUAAAAGCAUGUACCCUGCAAAAUGAUAAACAUACCAAAUAUGAAGCAAAGUCGAUCCAUGGGUUUUAAUGCUUAACUGCUGACAGAUGUUGAAGGCUGAAAAUAAAGCUCACAAACAUUAUGCUUUUCAAGACAAAGUUAUUGGCCAUUUUAAUUUAUGCCAGAAGUGGAAUGGCAUAUUGAAUUUUUUUGUUUUUUUCAAUACAAGUGACAGCACUGAAUCGAGUAUAACCUUUUACUUCAUGCUCACAUACUAUGAAAAUAAAUCUGAUGUUUCUAUCUGGUAUUGUUUAGAAAAUGUUACAUAUUGGAUAAGUCUACAAAUAACCUUUAAUGCCUUAAUACAGUUAGGAACUCCUCCUUGAAAAGAUUGUCUUUGAUUGUCUUGUAUAAAGCUUUCUAAGAUGUGUUAAUUUUAUAUUUUGUUUUGUUUGUAUUUAUAAUGACUUAUUUGAGGUUUACAGCAUGGAGCUGAAGUUCAUGGUAUCCCUUCUUCCUCUGUCCAUUUAUCACAUUUUCUCUCAUAUUUUUUCUCUCUCUGCAUGCAUCACCUCAUUCUGCAUUACAUUCCAGUUAUCCACAACUUUCACCAGCAAUCAAAUUUGUUUGUCUUUACUUUCUCCUAGUUUAUUUAAUUCUUUGUGUAGCUGGAGUAACACGAUCUUCCUGGUCCAUUACAUCCUCAUUUCCUUCUAUUUACCGGACUGAUAAGCUCUAAUUUUUCCCAUCUAUCUCUCAUACCUCGGUUCUAUUACCCAUUUUGUAGCAUGGCUCUGCUAACCUGCUGAUGCAUUUCUUUGUGUGUAUUUGCGUGCACGCACACAUCUAGUUGUGCUUGCUGAGGUUGAGCUUUGACUCUUCAGUCCUACCUCUCAACAUCCAAUGAACUGGUGUGCCCGUGCACGCCUGCACACCUGCCUUCCAGCCUAUGCUCACAAACUGUUUUUUUUAAAGGAGCAAGUUCUCCUGGACCUUACCUCUUAAUCAUUAAUAUGCUAGUGAGAUAUUGUACAGUAUAUUCAAAUUUUCAUUAUUUGUCAUAUUUACAUUUGAAUGUGUAUGAAGUUAGCCUCCACUACUUCCUACUUAUUACGUAUGUUUUGGGUAGUAUUUGUGUGUGCAUUUGUGAUGCAUGCUGUCUUAUUUGUGGUUGUGUGGAGAGAAGUUAACACUUGGGAUUCCAUCUCUUUGUUGUCAGUUGAGUGGGGCAAUUACUCUAGACAUUCCAUUGCAUUAUCUUAUUCUUUUUUUUUUUUUAACGGAUAACGUUGACACCCAACUCUUCCCUUUAGUUCAUUCUACUUAUUCAUCUUCUAUUCACUUUAGAGGCACUUCCUUGUGUGUCUGAGAUUCUCAUGUUUAAGAUUUCCACUUGUGUUGUGUGAUUCUAUUUCCCUUCAUUUGAAGCAGUCAGUGUUCAUUUUGUAUAUUAUGUCUCCCUUAGUUUUCCUUUUAUUUAAUAUUCAAUGUAUCAUACCUUCUGAGUCUCCUUCUUUCUAGUGGUCAGAUUCAGUUCUCAUAGUCUGUUUUCAUUGUUUAGCCCCUUUAUUUUAGGCAUGAAUAUUAUGGCAAAUGUUUGAUCAAUUUUCUUGUUGAGCUCUGAGCAUAUGGGCUUUAAACUGAUGAAGCACAUUCUAGGAAAGACUUCACCUGGGUGAUGAAUAUUGUGACUAAUGAUUCCCAGUUAUGAUUUCUUAAGGUCUUUCUUGUGUUAUCUAGCUUGACAUAUGUCACUGACAUUUUCCUGUUUUGCGUGCUUCCUUUCAAUGGGCAAUACAGUGCCCGCUUCAAGAGAAGGCUAUCCUUCAGUCUGUAAUAUUCAUCUGGUCACUGGUCUCCCAUUUGGGUCCUCAUUGCUUUGUCUUACUAUUACUGAAUGUCAAUAACCGUAUUAUGCAACUUUAAUAAAGUUGUCCUUCAGC